AUGGACGAGCUGCUCACCCCAGUCAGCACCACAUAUCUGAGAUCAAAGAGGGAAACGAAGUCCCUUCUUUCCGAGGAGAACUCUUCAGAUAAGAUACAGGAUGAAAAGGCAAUACCGAACGUAUCCUCGGCCGACGCUGCUCUCGAGGUCCUGAAAAACCAGCCUGGGUAUGAUGGGCUAACGGCAACGUUACGCUAUCUCACGAAGGACGAUUCGCCGUCGUCAUUCCAGCUCCAAGUCCCAAGCCCAAAAAGUGCAGCAAUCAUUCAGGUCUUAGUCACCGAAAUUGUUCCAAACUACUGGACCCUUCUGCAGGAGGGCUCGGCAGACGAUGGGGAGCCUGCAGAUUUGGACCUGCUGCUCCAAUGUCUUCGGACCGUCACUGGCCUAAAUGCAGUCAUGGCUCACAUCAAAGCCGUGAUUCGAGAGGCAACCAUUAGCGGCCAAAGGACGAAGCAGAUUGGUCUAGAUGUAAACCUCGAGAUAUUCUUGCAUCUCCUGACCGCCCUGCUGGAUGGAGAAGACUCAUUGCGCACUAUCUGGGUCGCUUCCACCUCCGGAUUGUCUGGCGCAACCCAAACGAAGGUCCAGUCUCAAAAUCUGGUCUCGUUCAUUACCACCGGAAAAGUUGUUUCUCUCGCUGCCGAGGCUCUGGAUAUCGCAUCAAAGAAAAUUCCCUCGGGAACCUUGUGGAUCGCCGACGGAAUCGAGUUCAGUGGAUGGGUCGGCCGCAAUAUCGUUUCAUGGUCAAGCAUGCAGCCGAACGAAGAAGAAGUCUCAUUUAUAUCCAAAGUGUUCCACCGCUCAAUGUCUCUCGGAUAUCCCGAAUGCUUGGUCAAUACCGUAACAGACCUGCUUUUGCUGUCAAACAAGCCCUCCCCCAACAUCUUCGCUAAAAUUUGCCUCUCUCAACAUCAGGUGUCGAAGAAGGUUAUGGAAAUUCUCAUCAAGUAUCUAGCGCAACGGUUUCUCAACAACCUCACUCUGGACGGUUCGGCACAAAAUACCAUCAUUUCAGCAGUUGCGGGGCUUCUUGACGCAGUCGUUGGCAGAGAUGAGUCUAACAGAGCUCAUUUCAUUAACUGGUGCACUGCCGCUUCGGGAGCUGGUCUUGGAGACAGUAUUGGAAUUCGCCGAGCUGUUGUUGCUGUACUUGCAAAGGAUAGAGAGACGAUAACAAUGGUGUUGGAGAGAUCCCUGGCUCAGUUUGGAGAUCAGCUUUACGUCAAGCAUGCCGCCAUUCUCCAGCAAGAAGCUCAUACUCAAGUGCUGCUUCUUUGUGCGGGAUAUGUCGCAAGGCAGUCGCCAAUCAAAUUAGCCAUGCUUCUCAGAUCCGGCACCUAUCUGACCGCAAUAUCGAACCGGAUUGCCGCAACGCAAGCAAGAGCACGUUUCUUGGGUAUGGCGGUGGGAGAAUCUCUCUCUGCCUUGGUCGACAGCAAGAAAAGGCUGGACUUUCACAUGGACGAAAUGGGUACGGAUGAGGCAGAGUGGCUGAAAGGAGUCAGCAGCAUCUCUGACCCUGUCGGUUCCUUCCACUCCCUCCUCUCUUCGUCACAGCCAGAUCCCCAAGCUUCAUUCCCUGCCGAGACGACUGGGAAGAGAGCAAAAGUGGAUCGUAGACCAAUACCUAAACCUGCUGUAAAGCAAACGAUCCCAAAAGCUAUUAUCGAGGAGAUCGAAUCCUCCGAUGAUGACGACCUCGUACCAUACCCCAAGGGCUCUGACCCCGAGGAUUCAGACGACGACGCCACUCUUGUUCAGCGCAAUAAGCCCAAAGCACCGGUUUACAUUAGAGACCUGAUAACGUAUCUUCGUGAUUCUGAAAAUUAUGAGAAACAAAAGUUGGCCCUUCGGACGGCUCCGAUUCUGAUUCGCCGGAAAGCCAACUACGGAACAGAAGUCAGCUCACAUGCCGACGAAGUGGCCGGGCUCCUGGUAGGCCUACAAGACAAAUAUGAGCUUGAGGACUUCCUAGAGCUUAGACAGCAAGGAAUGAUAGCCCUUGUGGCUUCUCAACCCAAGGCCAUGGCGCCCUGGUUUGCUCGCACAUUUUUCGAGGGAGACUACUCGCUUGCUCAACGAACAUCGGUACUCAUCACCUUGGGGCUUUCGGCAAGGGAAAUAGCGGGCUACGAUACUUCAAGCUAUCAAGAUACGAUAGCCUUCCCUUCCAAGAAGCUUCCCGAAAAGAUGGAGAGGCUCUUCAUAGAUUCGGCCACACGACCUCGCCGACCCUCUCAAUCUUUCCUAAAGAGCCUACCACCGAAUUCGCUCGGAGAGAUAGCACGCUCUCUUACAUCCAGCUUCCUCGGACCGCUGGCUGUUGAAGCGGCAGAUGCGACAACAGGGCCAGAUGUGCUGAAGCUUCAGACAUUUACCGCACGGUACAAGGCAAAGUCCCAAACCCGGCCACAGAUCCGCGCCAUACCGAAUACAACCGCCGCACUCCUGGCCGCCUCGUUUUUCUCCCCCCUCACAGCUCACUUUCAACUUGCACUUCGAUCCUCCAAAUCCGUUGUCCUAAACCCCGCCCUUCUCUCUCUAUAUCUCCAGACGCUGGGCAUCGUGGUCAACGCAGCCGGUCCUUCGACCUUGUCCCUCCCACAGCUCACCUCGGAGCUCUGGGACUUGUUGCUCCGCACCCGGGUGCACGUACUAGGUGACAUAGGCGCCAUGAAGGGUUGGUUCGUGGCCAUGGCUGUGCUGCUCGAGGUGAACCAGGAUGACAUGCGGAGAGUUUGCCAAGAGCAUGGAAGGGAGAUGGUAGAGACGAGGGAGUGGGUCAGUGGUGUUUUCGAGAGGACAAGAGGCGAUGACGGAGGGGAGGAGAAUGAGGUAAAGAUGUUGUCGGCUGGGGUCUUGAUUAAAAUUGGCGAGGCUAUUGAAGCAUUCCAAUCAUUGCUCUUGGGAGAAAUGAUUGGAGUUUCCUAA